AUGAAGCGACCUGCAGGAGAUGGAGAAGAACCACCGGCUAAGAAGCUGCGAGCACUGCCACCCAUUGGAAAGGUGGCUGAGGAAGACAAGCAUGUUUUCAUUUCUUUACAACAUUAUUCUGAGAAAAUUGAGAAACUGUUUGAAGGAGACCAUGAUUUUGUAUUCAUCCGCGGCGGCGUCGCCAUCGGCAAGACCACCUUGGCAGAGCAUUUGGGGAGAGAGUUUCCGAAAAAGUAUGUGACCGUGCCCUUCACUGGUGGUGGCACGGCAGAGGCUUGGACACAAGGGACAAUAGAAGCUGUAGAGGCGGCGACUGGCGAGAAGGUUGACAGAACCGAACUAGCCCUGCGGAAUGCCCUGAAGCUGGCGAAAAAUAGGGAACUGACCCUGAUUUUCGACGAAGCCCACACACUUUUUGCAAGUGACUUAUGCCCCCAGCUCUUCAAGAGCACCAGCGGCUAUCGACCAAAAAAUUUGCUGUUCUCAGCUUCAGGGGAAACUUCAACUACGGGACCGCAACUUGCAGUGGCUACACCAUCUGAAAUCACCCAGAAGUUCAUGUGGACACCACCGCUGCCCGGCACUCUAGAGCUGAAGGGGCAGCUGGAGGAAAGCGGCGUCAGGCUGGACGAGAAGAGCAUCGAGUUUUUAGCCCUGUUUUGUGGUGGCCAUCGCGGCAUUUUCAUCGCUGCGACGCACUGGGUGAAGAGCAAGCAGGCUGGUGAGAGCUGGGGCUUCAGCCAGACUGUGGGAUUUGUGCGCAAGAGCUAUGACAAGGGGGGUUGGGACACUGGCACAGGGAUUUUAGCGUUUGUGGGACGGAGCCGUGCAGUGCGUGUCAAUGGUAAGUUCAGCCCUGUCGGCAACACUCCGCAAGAGUUUGCAGAGCUGUUGUGCAAAGGGGCAAGCCGCAUUGCAACGCUGGAAGUUCGGAAAGAGCUCGCCAUCAACGGCUUCGUACUUCUCAAACAUGACAGAUGCAUUGAGGGAGAGCUCCAACAACUGGAUUGGAACAACGAAGGCACAGAGUACCAAGUGGCGAACCCCGUACUCGCUUCGUACUACCGGUACAAUCUGGAGAAACAUUGCAGUUUAGAAGUUCAGUUUGAGCCCAGCAAUCCCCAACAUUGUGCUGAUUUAUUGCUGCGAGCCCUACCCUACGUGUUCUUUGCCGAAGUGGUGUGUUCCUCAUUGUCAAAAGAGCUGCUACCCUACGCAGUCCAGUACAACAAGUGCUUUCAGUCAAUGUUGGAGAAGUUGAACUACCGUGCCCUCGAAUUCCACAGCUCAUGUGCUGGUGAAGGCAAGCCCGAUUGCGCCGUGCAGAUCGAGAAGGAGACGUUUGUCUUGGAGAGUGUGAUGCAUGCCCGCGGGCAGGGAAAAAUCAAUCAGCACCUUCAGCGCUUCAACAACAUGGUCAACUACAAGAACGCCAAGCACCAGGGUCUCUGCAUCAUCGGCAACGACAGAGAGAAGAUGCUCGAGACCUUGAAAAAGACUGAAGCCGGUAAGGUGCAACUGAUAGGCUUAGUCCCCAACUGA